AUGCGCUUCUGCGGUAUUGUUCUGGGUUGGCUCCUUGGCUUUCUCACUGGCCUGGUUUUCGCCUUUAUGUUCCUUGUUUUUCUUGACACGCUACCAAUUUGGGAACCGCCCCUCGCACCGAUCAUUGGAUGGAUCGGAUGGGUGAAGCUUUUUGCGGUCGCAAUCAUGAUUCUGUCUAUCUACACAAUGGACUGGAAUUCUUUUGCAAGCAAUGAUGCAACCGUACAAUCUACACCUGUCGAAAAUCGCUCUGUACAGACCGUUGAGACACCACUUGAUGUAUCCUUGAGGAAUGUUAUGAACGAAACGCUUUUAUCUGGAAUCGAAAGGCACUUGGAUGGAUUGGAUCAACGAUUGGACCAACGGUUGGAACGAUUGGAAGGGUUGGAACAACGAUUGGUUCAACGAUUGGAUCAACCUUUGGAACAGCGAGUUGAUCAACUUUUGGAACAGCGCUUGGAUGACACGCGGACAUACGACGCAUUCCAAUGGCUGACCGGGUUUGCGCCCGAUCCUAGCGAUGAGAACGACCAUGACCAUCCUCCUCCCACACUCAACAACGUUCUGAACAACAGUCAUCAGCAUCUUAAUCAAGAUGAUGACGAUAACAGUCCUCCAUCGACAAAUGGUCACAUCAGUGAAUAG